AUGUCCAACGUAGUUCGGGGCACCUCGCUGAGGGCCGGCGGUGCCUGCGUCCGCUGCAGGAAGGGCAAGACGAAAUGCGUGUACGAGAACAAUCGCGCGCCUUGCAAGAACUGCGCAAAGGGAAUGCAUGAGUGCUACCUGCCCUCCGAGAGCCUGGCGCAUCACCAUGGCCAGUCGCCAGCUAGAGUGCCGCGCCCGCGCGAGAGUCUGCCGGGCGAGCGAAGCGUGUCGUCCACCCACGACCGCCCAGCUGCCCCAGCCAGUCAGGUGCUCACCAGCCGGUCCGUGAACAAUGCCAGCGGCGACAAGAUCACGCCGGAGCUGGCACAAGAGUGCGAACGGGUUGUCAACAAGACCCUCCCGGCCUGUGUCGCCUUUCACAAGCCCGGCUUCAUUCAAAAACUGAAGAGCGGGACUCUCGACGCUAGCAUCACCAAUGCGCUCCUAACUAUUGCUGCAAGGAGCUCUCCCUACAUCAUCCGCCGAUAUGGCGGUCAAGGCGGCGCUGCCGCUGCUGCGGAGCACUUUGCCGCCAAGUGCAUCAGCGCAGUGAUGCAAAAUCUCGACAACCCGUGCCUAGGAGACAUCCAGGCACUGUGCCUUCUCAUCAUCCACGAAUGGGGCUGCCGGAAUGCUAUUCGUGCUUACGCCUACCUUGGCCAAGCAGCACGCAUGGCCCAGAUGUACCGCAUCCUCGCAGUGCACCAGACCGGCAGCCCGGAGCCCGAGCAGUUCAUCCGGGACGAAAGCUUCCGGCGGACCCUGUGGCUGAUUUACAUUCUCGACUGUUUCCUUACCAGCAGUCCCGGCCGCUAUCCCGCACUCUCAGCGCAUGAGAUCAAGGAUGUCGCGCUUCCAUGCCCCGACAUGAGCUUCAACUUUGGCACGCCAGUCACCGUCCGUACUCUCAGCGGCAUCGCGCCGGCCGGCAGUGCGGACCCUACGCCUCCGAAGAGUGAAGUUGGCGAGUUUGGACACAUUGUCAUGGCAACUCAGGCUUGGCGUAAUGUCAUCGAGAUGCUCACGACCGUCACGCUUGAGACCUUCUCGGAGCAGCAAUGCGUCGCCCUGGAGAAUGAGAUCGAGGCAGUCCGCCAGGGCUUGCCAAUGCACUUCACGGACAAAUCCGGCCACAUCAAUCUUCACAUCACCAUGGGAAGCGGCUGGACCUACGCACUUCUGCACUGCCUCCUACACUGCGCAACCAUCAUGGUCAACCGUCGACGCCUCCUGCAGGCAGUCACCAACGAGGACUUCAAUGACAAGGCUUGGCGAGCGACGCCUCAGCAUGCGCAAAUCGUCGAUCGCGUCUUGACGUCUUCUCACGGCAUCAUCUCCCUGCUCCUCGCCCUGGACAAUUACAGUGACAAGGACAGUCUCAUCAUAUUCCCACUCAUCUUGCUCUUCUCCUCGUUCACCGCAGGGGCGACCAUAGCCUGGUUUAGUUUGAAGGGCUUCACGCCCCCCAACGUCAGGGAGUCGUCCGAAGCUCUGGUCCGAGACGCCAUGCGCUUCCUCCACGAGGGCGCCGACGCCUGGACACUCGUCGUCCCUUGGUACCGACACCUGACCGUCAUGGCUAAGGUCCUGCGUAGGGGGAGUCGAAAAUCUGCUGCGCAGAGCCAGCCACCUGCAGUCGAACCUACUCACCAGUCCGCCAAAGAGGAGACGGCCAGCCAGUCCGACAACAACCCGGACGCCAUGGAUUACGAACGGCAAUCUUCCGACCAGCCACCAGAGCCGGCCGAAGAUCGCAACGGCAGCGAGCCACCGCGACGAGCUGGGUUCGCGGCCAUCAACGGCGGAUCGGCCGGAGCGUCCACGCCAGCCACCGUCAGCCCGCCUCCGGCCGGCGCACAACCCGCACCAGUCAAGACGGACUCGCCAAGCGCUCCCUCGUCAGCGGGAGAUGUUCAGCCAGCGGAGCCUGCACCGCCCGGGCCCGGCGGUGACAUGACGGCGGAGGAGCUCUGUGAGGCGUUUGAGCAUCAGCUUCUCGAGUUGGAUGACUUGGCAGCGUUCAUGGGCGGCGGCGUUUAG